CUACAAGUCCUUCAUUCAUAACAGUGAACACCCGCAUAGGAAUGAGGUUGUUUUUAGGUAAUUCCUAGCAUUCACGAAGUGUGCAGUUGCGGACUAUCUUGCUGUAUAUUUUUGUCCGAGGCGGUUUGAAGCACCUGGGGUACAAAAAAAGAAGUAAGAAUGCCGGUGGGGAGACUCUGACGGCCGGUAGAGGGAGCCCUAGAGCCUCGGUGGUGCGUCUGCUCACCCGGAUGACGGGUGGUGCUGAGGCUGGUCCCAGCAAACAGGGCGGAUGCUGCCUUUCCCUCGAGUAUUUGCGUAUCUUUACGCACGUUAAAAGCUACUCUACAUGGACGUUUGUGCUCGGUGAACGAGACGCCGGGGGGUCCGCGGGAGUGAGUGAAGCUGCUCGGCUACACGGUGCAGCGGCGGAAGCUCACAUCAGCAGCCGAGCAGGCAGGGCCUCGUUCGUGUUGUGUUCACUGGAGCCGGUAGAAGAAAAAAAAAAGUCAGAGGUCUUUGGAGGACAAAAAACGGGGUUCAAAGCAUGUCCAACACAGAGGAGGCUGCUCUCGGUGACCCAGAGCCGGCUGAAGACGCCACCGAGGCGGGCUUCAUGACACAGCAGGAGGCCCUGUUUCGAGAAGAUAUGGAGAGACUUUUGGAGGAAAACCACAUCCUUAAGUGUGAGAUAGAGGAGAUGAGGGCCGAGAUGGACGAGAUGCGGGACACAUUCUACGAGGAGGACACCUGCCAGCUGCAGGAAAUGAGGCGCGAGCUGGAGAGAGCCAACAAAAACUGCCGGAUCCUGCAGUAUCGCCUGCGCAAGGCAGAGAGGAAGCGGCUGCGCUACGCCCAGACGGGAGAGAUCGACGAGGAGCUGCUCAGGAGUCUGGAACAGGACCUGAAGGUUGCCAAAGACGUGUCGGUGAGGCUCCAUCACGAGCUGGAAAAGGUGGAGGAGAACCGCACCAAAACUGAGGAUGAAAAUGAGAAACUGAGGCAGAACCUCAUCGAGGUGGAGGUGACCAAACAAGCUCUGCAGAAUGAGCUGGACAAAUCCAAAGAGAAGAGACGAAGUGGCAAGGAUGUCCAGAAGACAGAUAAGAAAGCAGCACAGACUCCCACUGAGGAGGACAACGAGGACCUCAAGUGCCAGAUGGCCUUGAUCAAAGAAGAGGCCAUACUUAUGAGGAGAAAGACGGCCACCAUCGACAAAGAGAAGGACCGCCUAGAGCAGGAGCUGCAAAAGUACCGCUCUUUCUAUGGCGAACUAGACAGCACCCAUCCCAAAGGCGAGGCCGGGGGUCCUCCCUCAACACGCGAAUCAGAGCUGAAGUUACGACUCCGCCUGGUGGAGGAGGAGGCCAACAUCUUGGGGAGGAAAAUUGUAGAACUGGAGGUGGAGAACCGAGGCCUGAGAUCUGAGCUCGAUGACCUCCGCGGUGAGGGCGAAGGGGAAGGAAGCUCCGGAGGCGGCGCAUUGGGAGGCUCCGGCACGGGGCGAGGGCUCGGGGACGACCUGACAGAGCUCAGGCAACAGCUACAGCUGGUAGAGGAUGAGGCGGAGCUCUUGAGGAGGAACCUUGCAGACGCAGAGGAGCGGAACCAGAGGGUGACAGCCGACCUGAACAAGCUGAGGUUCAAAGCCGGCACCCAUGAAGGCGGGGCCAGGCACGGAGGAGUAGGAGUCUCGGGAGGAACUGGGAACGAAGGAGUGAAGGCAGAGGCCUUGCAGGAGGAGCUAAAGGCGGCCAGGCUUCAGAUUAACGACCUAAGUGGCAAGGUAAUGCAGCUGCAGUACGAGAACCGCGUGCUCCUCUCCAACAUGCAACGCUACGACUUGGCUUCCCACCUUUCCCUGCGGCCCAGCCCAAGGGACAGCGAUGCCGAGAGCGACGCCGGCGGCACAAGCGGUCGGCGCGAGAGUGACGAAGACUCCACGUCGUCUCGCCUGCUUCCUCCUCACCGCAAACGCGAGGGCCCAGUCGGCGGAGAGAGCGACUCAGACGAGGUCAGGAACAUUAAUGGCAGCAGCCGUUGCUUAACCCCGACCAGGGGCCUCCUCACGCCCUCUGGACCAGAGGGCGCUGCCUCCUCCCCGUUAUCCCGCUUCCUUCCUGGCGGGCGGGGCAGCCUACACAACAGGCAGCAAAUGAUUGACAUCCGAGUGGAAGCGGAGAGGCUUGUUCGGACCAUCGACCGCCUCAUCGCUGACACGGCGGCCAUCAUAUCAGAGGCAAGGGUCUACGUCUCCAGCAGCGACCUCGUGCUAGCAUGGGAAGGCGGCGCAGAGGAUGAUGGCAGCCGUAUUAGGGAGCAUGAGCUGCUGUAUCGCAUCAACGCCCAGAUGAAAGCCUUCCGGAAUGAACUGCAGGCCUUCAUAGACAAACUGGAGGUUCCCAGGCUGGAGGGCCGGGAGAGCGAGGAGUCGCUGUCGGCUACCAAAAGCACAGGGGCAGCCCAAGCUGGCGUCCUCGGUAUCCUUUACACGUUCCAGCCUGGAAUCAGUCCCAAGACAAGGUCGGGUCGCGGGGGCAGCAGCCUAAGCAGGAAAACCCAGACGUCCCUCUCCCCAGCCACUUGGUCCAGCUCUUCCCGGGGGAUCCCCAGGCGUUUCCAGGCCAGCCGGGAGACAUAGUCUUCCCAACGUGUCUGGAUCUUCCCCGUGGCCUCCUUGGAUGUGCCCUAGGCAUUCGGGUGGCAUCCUAACCAGAUGCCCGAACCACUUCAUAUGGCUCCUCUCGAUGUGGAGGAGCAGCGGCUUUACUUUGAGUUCCUCCCGGAUGACAGAGAUUCUCCCCCUAUCCCUAAGGGAGAGCCCCGCCACACGGCGGUGGAAACUCAUUUCGGCCGCUUGUACCCGUGAUCUUAUCCUUUCGGUCAUGACCCAAAGCUCAUGACAAUAGGUGAGGAUGGGAACGUAGAUCGACCGGUAAAUUGAGAGCGUUGCCUUCCGGCUCAGCUCUUUCUUCACCACAACGGAUCGGUACAACGUACAACCCUAUUGUAAAUCCCACGUUCUUUAUUUUCAUGGACAUUCUAGGUGUCUCAUUCAGUAAAAAAAAAAAAUUCCAUUCAAUUUUUUAAGGCGAUCUGUCAUAACGUUUUUAGCAUUCAAUCAGACAUUAUUGAGAUGUUUUGUAUUAGUGUUCCAAAAAAUGCAUAUACCGGCCCCUAGACAAAAAAUGUUCUCUAAAUUUGGCCCCCUGAGUCAAAAUAAUUGCUGAUGCCUGUAUUACUGUAUGCUACAACUUUGUCUGGCUCUAUGGUGUUAUUUUGCCAUUAAAAAGAAGAGUGACUGACACGAGCAUGUACUUAAUCGUACUAACACAGAGUAAGUGUAUGAAAACCCAGAGGCAUUUUAGUACCGCUGUAUUUGAUCCUUUUUAUGACAUUUGUGGCGCCCUCUAUGGGUUGGGUUCAAAAUUAUUUUUAGGACAUGCUAUAUAAUACAGUACAGGCAAAAGUUUGGACACACCUCCUCAUUCAAUGGAUUUUCUUUAUUUUCAGGACUAUUUACAUUGUAGAUCGUCACUAAAGGCAUCACAACUAUGACUGAACACAUGUGGAGUUAUGUACUUAACAAAAAAAGGUGAAAUAACAGAAAACAUGUUGUAUAUUCUAGUUCAGUGGUUCUUAACCUGGGUUCGAUUGAACCCUACGAGUUCGGUGAGUCGGACUCGGGGGUUCGACGGAGCCUCUGCUGCAGAGGUCAAGACACACCCAACUCAUUGUAAAUAUAAAAAACUUCUCCCUAUCCGCAUAUUAUGGAUACCCCCAAACUAGGGCUGGGCGAUAUUGGCUUUUAUUAAUAUCGCGGUAUUUUUUAUGCCAUAUCGCGAUGUACGAUAUAUAUCUCGAUAUUUUGCCUUAGCCUUGAAUGAACACCUGAUGCAUAUAAUCACAGCAGUAUGAUGAUUCUAUGUGUCUACAUUAAAACACUCUUCUUUAUACUGCAUUAAUAUAUGCUACUUUUAAACUUUCAUGCACAGAGGGAAAUCACAAGUUAAUUAACCAAAACGGUAUUUAUUAAAUACUCUUCAUUCUCUUGCGGGUGACUUUUUAAAUGAAAGAACAAAUUAGUAGUGCUGCUACCUUUUUUAGCAACACUUCUGCUACAUACUUUGCAUAUUGCUGUUGUCUGCUGAAUAUCUUCCCGCUUGAAGCCAAACCACCGACAGAUGAUGGACCCCCUGCUGUUUUUUGGGGCAUUAAUUGUUCUUCCUCCAUUUGUGAUCAGUUUCGCACCUUCUCUCUCGUAAUGUCACUCGCUCCGCUUGCACGACCUGCCUCAGCUAACGUUAGCCAUGCUGCUACCUCUCUGCUCUCCGAGAGCGUAUGACGCUACAACCGCGACAGUAUGUGAUGUAUGUAAGAAGGCGGGCUUGUUUUACAUCUCUGUGAAAAGGAGAGACGAGAAGGAGUGAGAAACGCCUGUCGUGUAAUGCCCGCAUCUAAAAGCAACUGGGUGAGAAUGUAUACUCGAAUAUUACUAUUUUCUAUAUUGCACACAGGCAAACCCGCGAUGUAUCAAUUGUAUCAAUAUAUCGCCCAGCCCUACCCCAAAAAAUGUUCCCUCUAAUUUCCAUCUGAUUUACAGGGGUGUAAUUUUUUGUGAGUUCAUGCACUGUGUUGGUUUUGUUCUUUGAACAAUGUGAUACUCAUGCACGGUUCAUUUUUGUGCACCAGUAAAAAAAAUAUAUAAGUUUUUCUUGAAUUUAAAAAAAAAACAAAAAAACAUUUUAUUUUUCACGAAAGAAGGGUUCGGUGGAUGCGCAUAUGAAACUGGUGGGGUUCGGUACCUCCAACAAGGUUAAGAACCACUGUUCUAGUUUCUUUAAAAUAACCACCCUUUGUUCUGAUUACAGUUUUGCAUACUCUUGGCAUUCUUAAUGUCUAUUAAUCACAAUUAAUUUUGAGUUAACUAUGAACAAAAUCCGACUAAUCGUGAUUAGAUAUUGACAUCGUAUAACAGUCCUAGAUUAUACAUUAAUACAUUUACAUAUAUACAGUACAUAUACAUAUAGACAUAGACAUACAUAUAUACAUCUACAUACAUAUGUAUAAACAUA